AAGAGAUGCAUAGAAAUGUAGAUCCAAAAUAAAAGGAGCAUACGCAAAUGCUUGUUUAGUACUUUAAAGAGAGAGAGAGAGAGAGAGAGAGCAACAGAAAGCAGUAAAUAUAAAUUAAAAAAAAAAGUGAUUCCAUCCAGCAGCAGUUUUCACCAAUUCUCUCAUUGUGGAAAAUGGAGAGGCACAGAUGCAAGCUUUGUUCGAGGACAUUCGCCAAUGGCAGAGCCCUCGGUGGUCACAUGAAGGCUCACUUAGCCACGCUUCCUCUGCCACCCAAGCCUCAUCAACCACCUCCUCAACCACUUUCUUUUGAGUACUCCUCUUCUUCUUCCUCUUCAGAAUCAGAACACGAUGACGAUGAUGAUGAAGAAAAAGGUUAUGGGUUAAGAGAGAACCCAAAGAGAAGUUUCAGGGUAAAAUCCUCCAUUAUCAACCUUACAAACAAGAGGACUAAGCUCAUGAGUUUCAUGGAGUCACCAGCAUCAAUAGCAACAGAGGCAGCAGAGCCUGUUAGCUCCGUUUCCGAUACUUCGCCGGAAGAAGACCUGGCCAUGUGCCUCAUCAUGCUGUCAAGGGACAAAUGGAGAAAGACAAGUUUUGAAGAAGAAGAAGAGAUGAAGUUGAAGAACAAGAAGGUUCUUCGAGGGAAGCAUCAUCAUCAUCAUCAUCAUCGUCUGCAGUGUGACAAGUGUGGGAAAACGUUUCGAUCUUCAGGGGCAUUGGGGAGCCACAGAAGCAUAUGCCUCUGUGAUGAAGCUGAUGGAAGUGAAAGAAUCUUUCAAUGCCCGUAUUGUUCAAAGGUUUUCGGGUCGGGUCAAGCACUCGGUGGCCAUAAGAGAUCUCAUCUUCUCCCAUCUUCUUCUUCUUCUUCUCCUGCUUCCAUUAUCAAUGCUAAUCUUAGAUUGAAACAACAAAGCUUCAUAGAUCUCAACUUGCCAGCUCCACCUGAAGAAGACGACCUUAGUGUUCUCUCCGAUGCAUAAAUGCAUAACACAUCCUUCAGAUGCUAUUCGGUAAACUUUAAUCUUUCUUUAUUUUAAUAUUUUUUUUUAAAGUAGGUGAGAUGAUUUGAUUAUGUUUAUUGUUAGAUCAAACGCUUUUGAUGGUACAAUCAUAGCUUAUAAUUGAUGUUUUUCACCGUCUGUCUCCUAUUACAUGCUACUACCUAGUCUAACACAUUUGAAUAUCUCAAUCUAUCUUCUUAGUUUAUACAGUGAUGCUUGCAAUUGCAAUGCAAAAGAACUCGUUGUGUGUGUAAUUUUUUAUUAUUAUUAUUUAUUUAUUUUUAGUUUCGGGAUUUGGUAUUGUUGUGGACCAGCAGCUUUCUGCUUCGAAAGUACUGAAACUGCUUCAAUUCCGUUUUUGUGCUCUGGUCCUGCUCCUCCUUGGUGUCUCACCUGUCCUUCUAAUAUUAAUUUACUAUUUUUAAAAAUUUUUAUUUAUAUUUU